AUGGAACACGAGGUUACUUCAGACUUCGAGGGCGAACAACAGUUCUGGAUCGUUCUCGAGGAGACAGUCUCAAAGCAAUGUGACACGCAUGACAGCAUCGACGACACUUUGCGAUCCUACAUAGACCUGAUCGGCUCUUGUCGCGAACGGUUCCUGCCGUCCGACUAUGAUCUCGCCCGAUGCGCCUUGAAGCUCCAAGAGUCGCCGCUGUUCGCUGCCCAUGCCGACUACGUCUGUCGCCAGUUCGUUCAUUGUCUGAUUGAGGAUGACGAACCAAACGUGGUUCUGGUCGCAACAUCGUUCUUGAUCGCUCAUGCUCGUUCGAACGAGGCAACCUACCAGCUGAUGAAUCAAGAGGGCGCGUUUCUCCGACUGAUCGAUCUGAUCGAGAGUCCGAAACAACAUGGCCACGAAGGAAUUCACAGACUCCUUAUGGAGCUGCUCUAUGACAUGUCGCGCAUCCAGAGGAUCAAGACCGACGACUUGGCCCGUGUCCAUGAUGAUUUUGUCAAGAUGUUGUUUGAGAUCAUCGAGCAGGUCUCGGACGACGUCGAUGACCCCUACCAUUAUCCCACCAUUCGUGUUCUGCUAGUUCUCAAUGAACAGUUCAUGGUCGCCGCGCACGACCCUGUCAGUGGUCAUGCUCCAGCUCCCUUGACAAACAAAGUGAUCAAGGUGCUUUCUGCUCAUGGCAGUGCUUACAAGACUUUUGGCGAGAAUAUCAUCUUAUUGCUCAACCGUGAAGACGAAACGUCUCUACAGCUCUUGACACUAAAGCUGCUCUACCUCCUCUUCACCACGCCACCCACAUAUGAAUACUUCUACACGAAUGACUUGCGUGUUCUAGUCGAUAUUCUGAUCCGAAACCUGCUGGAUCUGCCCGAAGAAGCUUCAUCCCUGCGUCAUACAUACCUUCGAGUCCUCUACCCGCUCCUCGAACAUACCCAGCUCCAGCACCCUCCACACUACAAGAGGGACGAGAUUCGGAAAUUGUUGGUCGUGCUAGGCGGCGGUCACCUCACAGAUCAAAAUGGCUCUCAAGAAGGUCUACAUCACUGGGGCCAUUUCGACGCGGUAGACGAGACGACAAAACGCCUUGUCAAGCGAUGUGAAGGGGUGAGCUGGCUGACGGACCCCGAGACGAAAUCGCCGAUGCAAGCAGAAUCGCCUACAGAGGAUGUGGCAUCCGAUCUGUCGUCGCCCACCUCUCCGUCGAAGGCGGUACCGCCAGCUCUCCCAGCGCCACGGAAACUAAAGAAGCGAAACUCUACGAAAAACUCCGUACUGACUAUCGGCCAGUAUCUGACCCCUCAACUCGAAGGAGCCAGGCAGUCGAGCUUGAGCAUGAUGGCAGUCGCAGCACAGACUGAGAAGCCAGGGGUUAUUACCCCGAGCAGAAAUCCAAGUCUGAAAAACAAUUUGCGCGCGGCGAUAAUGCAGAAGAAGGAGAAGCCUCCACCGCCACAGGCGAGACGGUCUGGUGCCAUGAGAACAAAGGCCCAGAGAAUGGAGAGUGACGCGGAAAUUGCGACCGCCGAGUUACCAGAGCACGAACAGGCGGCAACGAAACCUGGGGACGCACCGGCGACACCGAAACCUGACAACGGACCGCCGACAGCGAAACCUGAGAAAGAACCAGCGACACCGAGACCUGAGGCUGAUGAUAAUCACCAAAACCAGUCUCGCUACAACCAUCAUUCUUCUAUACCGUUCCACCAUCGCCACGUUCACGGCAAGGCCCUAGUUGAUAUUGCAGACAAGGAAAAGCUCAAAGAAAAGGACAAACCACCACCAAUCCCGACUCAUCACAGAGGCCUGCCCUUUAGUAAGAAGCCUCCACCUACCCCGAAAGCGAGACGGAGGAAAGGAAGGGACGGUAGUGGUGACAGUACACGUGAACCUGGCAGAUUCAGUGCCAAUCUCCCCUCUAUAAUUACGACAACAAUAUCGGGCAAGAGAAUACCCGAGCACAGUCCAUUUUCACCAGUGGGCCCGACAUUGAGUCCUUCAGACCCGGACUCCGCGUCAACACUGGAAAGCCGUGCAAAGUUACCUGUUAGCGAAGCUUUGGAAAAGGCUCAAGCUAGAGCGCUCGAUCAGAUCCACGAGACAAUGGACCAUUUGGAGCUUGAAGAGAAGUCACCGGCCGGGCCCGGUGCUGGAAAUAAACCUACAUUACCUCCUUUGGAAGAAGACGUAAUCGAAGACGCCGGACACGAAAACAUAGCCAAUCCUCCAGUAUACACCGAAAUGCCCGCUGUAUCCCGCGUGCAUUCCCAAGAAGAACUCGACCAACCCUUCCACGACGCAGUCACGAACCAAGUGCUCUCGUCAACGACCCCGUAUUCGGCACAGUCGCGAACUCUGUCGUCUUCUACACCUCCCGAGUCAAUCACGCCAAACAUAUCUCAAUCCGUACCCACAAUCGUUGACAUGCCCAGCGUCGAAAACAAGACAACGCAGCAUCCUCAACCUGAAAUGCAGAUGCCUAGGAUGGUUCUUACCCCGCCAGCGCAGGAGCCGUCUCGGGGUGUUCCGGGCCCGCAAUUCGAGAUGGAAAGGAGUCCAUUUCUAACAGACGAAGAAGUGGAAGAAGAGGAAACUGAUCAGACAGACGAUGACGAGCUGGACAAGCCCGGUGCGCCGUCGGUAGUCUAG